ACCAUUAGUGAAACAAGUUUAGUCAUAAGAGCCAGACGAUGUCAGUGAACAAGAUCCCUUGACAUUAUUCCUGGGUGCGCAAAAGAAGACAGAAUGACAGACAUGUGUUCAAAGUCAAACGCUGCUGCUAUUGGUAUGUGUCUACUAGUAGAAGUCAUUGGAUUUGUUUGGUCAUGUACACAAUGCAAGGAUUAUCGUCUAGCGGAAUUUGAUGGAAAGGCUGUUACAGAUUUCCACCUCUCUACAUUCAUGAAUGUGAUGAUGCCGGCAUUUUGCAACAGAAGGUGUUCCGAGGACAACAGAUGCAAGUCCUACAGGUACAACCCAAGGAUAAGGACGUGCUCUACUUACGGCUGUGGUUACUCCGUCCUUGGGAAGACCUUGAACCCCGUGACUGACGAGGAUGGAUCACGACUCUAUUCUUUCUGUGGAAAGUCGUCGUUUGGAACGAAGUGCGUGACGUCUUCAAACUGUGCCUUUGGGAAGUCCAAAUGCGAAGACGGCGUCUGCACCUGCAUGUUUGGAGCUAGCUAUGACGUCAUGAGUGGCGACUGUCUGAUUCGCUGCACCGCCUAUGGCAAGGAAAUCAGUACUUACCCUGCCAGUGGAGUUGACUAUUGCAACUCCAAGGUCCUGAGCACGUCAACGAUACGGGCCUGCGCUGCAGCAUGCGAGGCAGAGACUGACUUCGUGUGUGUCAAUGCGGAGCUUGACAAUAAAGAUGAAACAUGCAACCUCUGCGACACGCCCGCUUUGGAGCUCCCUGUCGGGUAUCUCGUCACUAAUAUCACAGAAAACUGGCACCUGGCUAUCCGACACUGUGCACACUAACGGUACUGUGCACACUAACGACACUGUGCACACUAACUACACUUAGCACUUUAACGACACUGUACACACUAACGACACUGUACACACUAACGGCACUGUGUACACUAACGACACUUAGCACUUUAACGACACUGUACACACUAACGACACUGUACACACUAACGGCACUGUGCACACUAAUGACACUACACUAACGGCGCCGUACACACUAACGACACUAUAUUAAAGGCGCUGCACACACUAACGACACGGUACACACUGAUGACACAACACAAACGGCGCUGUGCACACGAACAACACUGUACACACCAACGGCGCUGUACACACCAACGGCGCUGUACACAACAACGGCGCUGUACACACUAACGGCACUACACACUAACGGCACUGUACACACCAACGGCGCUGUACACACUAACGGCACUACACACUAACGACACUGCAGUCUGACGACAUUGCACAAAAAUUACACUGCACACCAACGGCGAUGUGCACACUAACGACACUGUACACACUAACGACACUGUACACACUAAUGACACUGUACACACUAACGACACUGUACACACUAACGACACUGUACACACUAACGACACUGUACACACUAACGACACUGUACACACUAAUGACACUGUACACUAACGGCAUUGUACAGACAAACGACACUGUACACACGACACUCACCAAACGGCACUGUGCACACUAACGACACUACACACUAACGGCGCUGUACACACUAACGGCGAUGUGCACACUAACGACACGGUACACACUAACGACACUACACACUAACGGCGCUGUGCACACCAACGACACUGUACACACUAACGACACUACACUAAAGGCGCUGCACACACCAACGACACGGUACACACUAAUGACACUACACUAACGGCGCUGUGCACACUAACGACACUACACUAAAGGCGCUGCACACACCAACGACACAGUACACACUAAUGACACUACACUAACGGCGCUGUUUACACUAACGACACUACACAAAAGGCGCUGCACACACCAACGACACGGUACACACUGAUGACACUACACUAACGGCGCUGUGCACACUAACGACACUACACUAAAGGCGCGGCACACACCAACGACACAGUACACACUAAUGACACUACACUAACGGCGCCGUACACACUAUAGUAACGACACUACACUAAAGGCGCUGCACACACCAACGACACAGUACACACUAAUGACACUACACUAACGGCGCCGUACACACUAACGACACUACACUAAAGGCGCUGCACACACUAACGACACGGUACACAAUGAUGACACUACACAAACGGCGCUGUGCACACGAACAACACUGUACACACCAACGGCGCUGUACACACCAACAGCGCUGUACACACCAACGGCGCUGUACACACUAACGGCGCUGUACACACUAACGGCACUGUACACACCAACGGCGCUGUGCACACUAACGGCGCUGUACACACUAACGGCACUGUGCACACGAACAACACUGUACACACCAACGGCGUUGUACACUCUAACGACACUGUACACACCAACGGCGCUGUACACACUAACAGCGCUGUACACACCAACGGCACUGUACACACUAACGGUGCUGUACACACUAACGGCACUGUACACACUAACGGCGAUGCACACACUAAUGGCAUUGUACACACUGACGACACUGAGCACACGAACAACACUGUACACACCAACGGCGUUGUACACUCUAACGACACUGUACACACCAACGGCGCUGUACACACCAACGACACUGUACACACUAACGACACUGUACACACCAACGGCGCUGUACACACUAACGACACUGUACAUACUAACGGCGAUGCACACACUAAUGGCAUUGUACACACUGACGACACUGAGCACACGAACGGCACUGUACACGCUAACGACACUGUACACACCAACGGCGAUGUACACACUAACGGCACUGUACACACUAACGACACUGUACACACCAACGGCGAUGUACACACUAACGGCACUGUACACACUAACGACACUGCACACACCAACGGCGAUGUACACACUAAUGGCACUGUACACACCAACGACACUGUACACACCAACGACACUUUACACACCAACGGCGGUGUACACACUAACGACACUGUACACACUCACGGCGAUGCACACACUAAUGGCGUUGUACACACUAACGACACUGAGCACACGAACGGCACUGUACACACUAACGACACUGUACACACCAACGGCGAUGUACACACUAACGGCGCUGUGCACACUAACGACACUGUACACGCCAACGACACUGUACACACCAACGGCGAUGUACACACUAACGACACUGUGUCCACAAAUCAGAACGGACAACACGAUAUUUCUCAUUUAUUUAUAUGGUAUUCGCAUGUCUGUCAUACGAAAAGAGUUUCGUUACUUGUGAAGGCAAAGUGACUGUUGCCCGAAAGACCAUUGGUUAAGUUAUUGCCACUAAACGUCAGAUAUGUGAUGAGAUGAUUUGUCCAUGGCAGUCUGACACGGUGCACACGAACAACACCGCACAUUUAAACCGUGUAACGGACAACAAGAUUCCGACCGCAAAACUCUUCCCCUAUUUAUAUCAUAUACGUCGAUAUUUGGAUAUAUCUUCGUAUGCCUGUGGUAUUAACAUUUCAUCGGUCUUACGAAAAGCAUCUCGUUGCUUGUGAAGACAAAUUGAUUGUUGCUUUAAUUUGAAUCCUAAUAAAUGCCAGA